UUGGGCUUGACAUCUUUGUUUUUCUGCCGGAUUCUCGUUCAAAAGACACCAAAUCGACAAGUGAUUGUGGAUAUAGACCCUUGUAGUGUUAGAAGAGUUCUACCUCACGAUUAAUGAUGAUGUCGCUGCUCUAACUUUAUUGUGUUGUCAUAACAAGCUAUAAAGAUGUUUUGCCAGACGCGAGCGAAUAGUCACGCCACCCGGAGCAGGUCGACUACCAAGACAACAGACGCAGGAGCAGCUCUAAAGAGUCUGAAAGAGGCUGCAAGACCUGGUCGUUCUCGUGGGAAUCAAAGGUCAAGGUCACUGAGCCCGGGAUCAGCUGCCAGUGUUGUAUUGAAAUCACCAAGGGGACGUGGAAGGCCAGUUGCCAAGAAGGUGACUGCAUCAUCGCAGAAGCGGGAUAGUUCCAUAGAAUCAGAAACAAUAUCAACGAGAGAAGCUUCUAAAUCACUGCCAAGGAGAAAGAGUAGAGUUGAAUCUACAACAGAUUCUGGGAGAAAGACGUCCAGAAGAGGUAGCCAGAGUCCAAAAGGAGCAGCUGGAGCCAGGCCAAAAUCGCGAGGCCAACCUCAAAAUGGUACCAAUGUUGAAGGACGUGUUGAAAAGGAUAUAGAAAGCCCAAAAGUAAGUUCUGGUAAAACGAGUCCCAAAGUUACUCUGAGAAGUCGACUGAAGAAAGAGUCACCGGUAUCUGAGGUCUCACCUAGUACUUCAGAUUGUGAGCCUAAGAGGAAAGGGAGAACAGCUGUUAGUCCAUCUGCUUCAAAGGUCACACGUUCUAGAAGCCCAGGUAGUCUAAGAAAAAGGUUGCCAUUAAUGAAGCAAGAUACAGGUAAAGAAGAAAGUGAAGGAACUGUGACGCGCCGGAAAAGUCUGGCUAAGGAUGUGGUUGAGGCGGAUGAGAGUCUGAGAAAAGAAAAGGCUAAAUCCCAAAUAAAAGGGGCUUCAGUAUCAGAUGUUAAAAGUGAGUCUGCUGAUGAUAAACCUAUCGUCAAGAGAGGAAGGGGGCGACCUAAAGGUACUAACCAGAAGGGGACGAAACGUGUUGUAAGUUCUAAAGUUGGUGCUAAAAAAACACAACUUACAAAAGCUCAAAAACUGGCUGCAAAGGCCAAGCAAGUGAAACGAGGCAUCUUGAAGAAGGUUUCCAAAAAUGAUGAGUCAUCAGCGUCUGAUGAAGAGGAUGAUGAACUGCUUGCAGAGCCAUCAGUGUUCACAAAACUAAAACAGGAUGUCCCACAGCGGAAGUCGAUGAAAGUAGAAGUUGGUUCUGUGAGGGAGUUGAAGAAACCUGGUAGAAGGCGUGAAGAAGAAGCCAAUGUUGGCGGUGUGCUGCAAGGAAGGGUAGAGAAACGGUGUGGGAGGAAACCUGGUGUUGGUCACGUCACCAGAAAGAAGGCAAAGAGUCGUGAGUUGGCUGCAUUGAGAGUCGAUCCUGGCUCUAGACUGGGUGAAAGGAAGCAGAACACAACGGGUAGACUGAGGAGUGUGAGCUCUGGUCAGGCUAUGAGUCUCCAGGUUAUCAAGAAAGCUAGGAGAAGAGGAAAGCUUGGUUUGAGGGCAAGGGUGAGGAGUCCUGGAUCUGAACUGGGGAGUGACACUACAUCCCAGACCUCGAGAGGAAUCAGUCCAUCAUCGGACACAGACACUGAUAGUAAGAAACGUGUCAGGAAGAUUAGCCCUGCUGCUAGGUUACGCUGUCCCUUUCUUGCCACAAGGAAGAGACGCUCUUACCCGACCAGAGAUCACUACAAUAUUCGAGGGCCGCAAGGAAAGUUUGCCAGGAGACCAAAUCAGGACAGUGAGGCUUCAGACACCGCCACUGAUCACACUUUACUUGAGAAAAACCAAAAGUUCAGUGCAGCCUUAAAACGUGGUAGGUCGGGCAGAAGACGUGAACGUGGGAGGUCAUCUUCAAGACUGGAUCCUAAACACAGUGCAGCCAUUGAUUCUUCUUUGUCGGAGGAUACCUCAGCCGCUGACACUGAAGACGAAAACCAACUGUCAAAGCAGUUUAAGCGCACUGAAGACUCUUCUAUGAAAGCACUGAUGGCUGAUACAAGAUCAGUUAAUGUUAGAAGAUCAGUCAAAUCCAAUCCUUCUUUGCCAUUGAAAAGAGCAGAGGCAGCAGAAAGUAAAUUGAGCCCCUCUGCACAAUCAGUUGUCACAAAAAGCUUUUCCUUGAAGACUAUCGAGAAGUUCAAAAGGGCUUUUAAACUGGUUGAACCCAUUGGUCGGAGCUCGUCGAAGGACAGCGUUGGCAGUACAGAAUCAGGUGGUGCGGAAACGAACACUCCUGAUACAAAAGGAAAAGAAGGAAAAGAAAUCGUUUACGGUGUCAAAACAAAGGAACUCCCUGUGAAUAAAAAGUCAAAAGAUUUAAAAAGUGGGCGCACCAUGGUUGCUGUUGAUCAAAAGCCUUUGACAGCUUACCAAGGUAUCAGUGCAGCAAAGCCGACGGUUGAAAACACUGACAUUGAAACUGUAACAGUUGUUGAAGUGAUCCAUGAAAGCAAGGAACAAGUCAAUAAUGUUACUGUCUUGUCUGAGGCAUCGCCUAUGCCAUUGGACUCUGACACUUCGUUCAGACUGGAGUUGAGUACUGACUCAUCUACCGUGGAGGAUUUGUCUGUUCAGAAUAUGGAUAGAACAGCUGGUGAAAUGAUCAGAAAGGAAACUGAUACCACACUAAAGGCAGAGGCUAGGAUGGAAGUAAACAAGGCUGAAAUUAUACUGGAGGAAUGCGCAGGUCAAGCAGAGGAGAGUAGACCGGAUGAGCCAAUGGAGGUAUCUGAACAAGCCGAAGCUGAAUUGGAUACAAUUUCCAAACGCAAGACUGUUGUGAAGACAAAGGCUGUAACUGCAGAACCAAUAACUGUGGCUACAGUUAUCGAACCUGUUAUUGCAGAGUCAGGGACUAUUGUUGCUGAAUCGAAAACUAUUGUUCCAGAUUCAGAGGCGGUUAUUGUAGAACCAAAGACUGUAGUUCCAGAAUCAGAGACUGUAGUUCCAGAAUCAGAGACUGUAGUUCCAGAAUCAGAGACUGUAGUUCCAGAAUCAGAGCCUUUAGUUCCAGAAUCAGAGACGUUAGUUCCAGAAUCAGAGACUUUAGUUCCAGAAUCAGAGACUUUAGUUCCAGAAUCAGAUACUUUAGUUCCAGAAUCUAAGACUGCAGUUGGAGAAUCGAAGACUGCCGUGCAAGAUUCAAAGACUGUAGUUGCAGAGUCAAAAAUGUUUGCUGUUGAUUCAGACACUGUAGUUGCAGAAGCAACUGCUGUGGUCACAGACUUAGCAGCAGCUCUAGUCACAGAAGCAACUGUGGCUGAAGAACUGAAGGCUUCAGAUUCUAAGACUGUUCCUGCAGGAAAAAAGACUACAAAUGAAAUACCAUUGGCAGAAGGCACUGAAUUAGAAACAGUAGUUCUUGAGUCAAAGGCUGUAGUUGCAGAAACACCAGUUGUGGAAACAAAAACUGCUAUUGCAGAGUCUGAUUCUGGAGAUGUAGAAUCCAAGAAUGAGGCUUUGGGGACCAAGGCUGCAGUUGCUGAAGUAAUGACUCUGUCUGUAGAAUCCACUGCAGUUUCAGAGCCUAAGAUGGUAUCAUCAGAAACAAAAUGGGAAGACGCCCAGACAUCAGUGGUGGCAGUAUCUGCGACUUCAGUUGCUGCUGGGGGAGGAACUGAGCAUGGUGGAGAAGUUGCACCAAGAAAAGAGGCUGUUAAAACUGCUGUAGGAUUGGUUGAAGAGAAACCGUCUUUUUUGAAACUGGAUGAUGUUCAAACUUUAAUUGGUGCCGAUCAGGUUAGUGUCAGCAAGGAUGAGACUAGUUCCAUGGAAAACAUUGACAUUUUGAGAUCAGGAGACGAAUCUGUUAACGCUAUGGAGAGCACUGCGGCCAUUGCAUUGAAUGGGAGUGAGUCAGCUGCUCCUGAUGAGUAUCAUAAGAAAGUUAAGGACGAUAUGGAAAUUGUUGAGGAUGCAAUUGCUAAAGUCGUCCAGGAAACUGUACAGUCGAUUGUACAUGGGGUCGAGGAAAAGGUUGAGUCGUUAGCCGAAGAGGUGGCUGCGAAGAAGCAGAAGGAUGAGGGCCUGGAGAGGCCAGGGGGUUCAGGACAAAAGGAGCAAAAAGCUAGUACUAGCCAUGCUGGUGAUUCUUACUCUGGUGAAAAUGCUACAUCCAGAAAAGGGCCUAUAAUUUUGAAAAUAAAGACGUCUGCAUUGUGGAAGGUUGAUGCGGAUGGAAGCGGUACAUCGACUGGUAGCGGGGAAACUGAGGAGACCCUAGAGGAUACACCUGUUGGUGAUGGUGUGGUGGUGUCGUCAAGUCAGGAGGUACUCGAGGCAAGCGCCAUGAGUCGCAAAGUCAAAGAUGCUUUGGAAGAGGUGAAUAAAACUCUCAGUGAUGUUGCUACCCAAGAGGUGGUCAAGGAGGAUACAGGAGAAGAGGCUGGAGCAGCUGAGACGUCUGCCUGUCCAAGGACAGAGCGGUUGGUAGCCAAGGAGGAAGAAGCUGUUACCAGCACAGCAGAGGAUCUUCAAGGCGUGGAUAAGACAGGAAAACAUGCUGUAGGGGAUGAAUGUCCGGCUGUGGUGAGUAGUAAGGAAGAUGGUGUCAGCUGUAGCUGUCAUCCAUCAGGAAAACAACCUGAACAGCCUGCAGAACGUGAAGCUGACCCAGUGGAUUUAGCAGCGGCUGCUGAGCUAGGUGUUGUAGAGGAAGGAGCGCAGGCACCUGUCGACCCUGCAGCCCCUCCUAAGCUUGCAACAGCAUCCAUGGUGGAGGUUGAGAGGCGAAUCGAGGAGAUCCAAGCAAUGGUUUCUGAUAUUCAAAAACAAAUCAAAACUGGUACAGGAACUAGCAAAGUUGGGCCAGGAAUACGGUCACUGGACACUGAGUAUCCGUAUGGGCCCAGGAAUAUUCACAGGCCAGAUGAGAAAGGUGAUUUAAAGUUGACUAUAAAACUUGGGGGUAAGAAAGGCGAUGCCACUGCUGCAUUCAGUGCCGGAGAAACAAGUGGCCUGGAGAAAAAAGGGAGCAAAAAACAUGUGGAGGAAACAAAGACCUAUCCAAAGAGACAUAUUUCUCCCAAGUAUAGUGACCUGCCAUGGGUUGAGUACAGUGAGAGUUAUUUUGAGGAUAUGACCAGGAAACAGAAAAAAUCUUCAGCAAAGUCGGAAGGAAAGCAGGAACCACAGAUUGGCGAAGCUCGUCCAAAACGUAAACCUGUUAAAAAAACUGAAUAUGAACUUUAUAUGUAUGAACUUAAGAACCCCAAGCGCCGUAAACACAAAUCUGGUCCUACUUCUCUGGAGUCCGGUUCAUCUACAAUAACAGCUUCCUUUUCUACUGAGUCUCUUAUUGAUCAUGUUGAUGCAAGGACUGAAGAGAAAAAGCCGUCAAAUAUUCCAGAACUUUUAAAACUGUGCAAACCAUGUAACGUUGUCCUUGAAGACUUUGUUAUCAACUUGAACCUGAGUGCAUUGAAGCGAAAGCAAAGUGCAGAAGGGCAGGAAAUCCACCUUGCAAAGCGUCCAAAGUUAACUAUCGGAGGCGGUGUUUACAGCAAAGCAGAAAUUGAUGCUCAAGCGAUUGUCAAACAGUUGACACCAGAGAAACGACGGCGAUCUUCAGGUUCUCGAUCUGGUCGUCGCGCAUCUGGUUCAAGCUCCACUGGAAGCCUGGCAUCCGAGUUAGAGUCUGGCCGUUUGUCGCCAUCUAGCCCUCGAGCACUUGAUGUCCCUCCAAGCAGACUCUCACCUAAACCUCCCAAAAGGAAAGUCAACCGGACUGGAUUUCCAAAGCAACCCAAAAAAUACUACUAUGUGUACCAAUGUAAAUUCUGCCCGUACUCCACAAAUUACCGUAUUGCUAUGGAUGAUCAUGUUUAUACCCAUCUCGACGUUGUACCAUUCCGUUGUGGUUAUUGUAAUAGUGUUUUUGGUGCCAAGUCUGGUGCCGUCAUGCAUCACAAACGUAACCAUCAGAACCUCGCCCUUCGAUGUAUCAAGAGUGUGGAUGUGGAUGAAUCUCAGUACUACAACUAUGUCUAUGUCACCGGUGGACAACAUAAAACGCCAGUCGGUGUACGUUCUGUAUCACCAUCUCGAGCAGGAGGCAAGGAGGCCAGGAAUGUAUUUGAGAGUAUCAUGAAGGAGAUUCCUGCCAGUGGAGCAGACACUAUGCCGGAUCAAUCAACGGCCCCUGUGCCCAUUGCAGCAGUAGCACCAAUGUCAUCCGCCCCAACCAGAAUCCAGACUCACCCUGAUAUUCCUGCUCAAAAAAUCAUGCAACCUGCACAACUACCAACACAGGCCAAACCAGCAGGGUUGGCUCAAGCCAAACCUGGUUUGUCACAAGCCAAUCAAGUGAAACCAGCACAGAUUUUACCAAAAUCUCCACGUUCUGAUAAACUGCCUGUCUAUCAAUGCAAGUUCUGCAACUUCUCUACCGAUCAUCGGACUGUUAUUGAAACUCAUCUGCAGCAUUACCACGAGGAGGAGUAUCGAUUCAUAUGUCCACUCUGUGACCUGGCAUUUUGUAAACGUGAGGAGACAAUGGUCAAACAUUUCAAAAAGUGGCAUCCUGGGAAAAACGUGAUGUUUAAACGUGCGCCGGGGUAUAAAGAUCGUGAAGUCGCAACGAGUGAUGUAGCUAUCUCAUAUCAAACUGCAGCCCAGAAAUCACUGCAGCCGGACCUGAAUGAUGCUCAGGUCAGCAACCAUGAACGUCUCCUAGCAGCAACAUCAGCACCAAUACUGCCAGCGACUGCUGUCUCUGCGACACCCAGUAAUAUGGAAGCACAGAACGUAAGCAUCUCAUCUUCACCAUUACUUCCGUUCCGUAAACAGCAGGCAUCGGGAAGUCCACAGUCAUCCUCUCCAGGGCCGGAGGCGGGGCGGAAAAGUAACAAACCGAGCAUAACUGAUAUUGCAGCUAAUUUAGCAAGUAAAGUUGGUGGAGCACCAUCAGAUACAUCAAAGUCUAGUAACCCUGUAUUUCUGAACAUACCUAAUGUCCGCUCUAGAGGUAGCAGUCCCAGUGCACCAGAGAGGAGCCAAGGAGCAGCUCAGUUGCCAUUGGGAACUGGUGUUGCCCGCAAACCUGACCAGGAUGUUAGUAGAGCCCCUACUGCAGGAGGUGGAACUGGUAUACUGGACCUAUCAAGGAGUAGCCGCGAGUCUACACCAGUGCCGACAGGAUCUAAUGAUUUACCAGCAGCGCAGGAUGACGUUUCAAAUCUUAAGAUUGUCAAUGUUGUUAGUCUGAGUGCACAAGCAUCAGCACCGGUACCACCUGAGACAGAGGAGGUACAGUCUAAUAUCUACUGUUGUAGGAACUGUAAGACAGAGAACAGUAGUUUGGAUGAGAUCAUCAAACAUAUUGAAGCAUCACACUCUCAAAUGGACUUCUGGUUCGCUUGUCCUUAUUGCCCGUAUGGUUGUUCCAAACAUCGCGGUAACAUGGUGCGGCAUAUCCGACGUGCUCACCCAGAAAAGGAAGCAAGCGUAGUGGACAUUCAUCUUAUUGAUGAAGCGAAGUACAUUUCAAAACGAUCUGUUACAACACGGCUGUCCAGAAGUCAAAAUGUCCCCGUUAUUGUUUCUACUGGUCAACCUGUUCCAAUGCAACACUUCUCCUCUACGGGAUCAGUGCAAAUGACACAGUUGGCUCCCACUCGUGGGGCACCACCUUUAAUACCAAUGGUAAGAGCGGCUGGGAAUCAACAACGGACCUUACCACCACCUUUGAUCCGUGCUGUAGCGAUGACGCCUGCCAACUCGUUACCUGUUUCAUCCAGUUUACCAUCGCAGUCUAUGAGACCAGGGUCUGGACACCAUAUGUCCGCGACACCUCCUAGUCGUAUGCAGACACAGACUGGUUUCCCGCCACCAAAUGCCCAGGUGUUUCAAGGUGUUCCACAUCAGGGUGUGACACAUAUGAGCCAGCCUGGUGGAGUGCUAGGAGCCCGAUUCCAUAUCAAUCCCAGGAUGGCUGCCAUCCCGUCACAAGCACCAAAACAGAAUGAGGAUAACAAGUCAACUUCUGAACAAGAAAAAUUCAGCGUUUUCAACUUGCGACCAACGAAUCGUUCGGUGUUUCCUCAGGCUAGUCGCAUGGUUGCCCCGAUACAGGCAGGUGUGCCAAUGCAGUAUGGUCCUCCCGGGAUGGUACCUCAGCAGAUUCCAUUCUCGACCGCGCCACCAGUUCGAGGUCAGAACCCAGGACAGGUGCCAUACAGAUCUCCACAGCCGCCACCUUCCUGAUACUGGUUCAACUACGACACUUGUUGAGUAGGUACGUUUUGAAUAUCGUGUGAAAACUAAUGAAAGUCAUAUUUCAGACUUUGCAAAUAUUCAGAGCCUUGGGUUUUAAAUUAUCAUGUGACACCUUAUUCAUGCAAUUACUGAGGUCAUUUCAGUCUCGUUUUGUUUUAUAAGUCUUCAAUAAGGUUUAUUUAUUCUAUAAUCUUAUGGAAGUCAAGUUUUAUCUAGAAAUGUACUAGUAUCAAGCGUAUAUGUUUCUCAUUGCCCAGUUAUGUCUCGGAGAAGAGACAGAUAUUAAUUUAUGUGGUACACUUCUUCAUUUGUUGAGGUUUAAAAUGUACAUAAUCUUUUACCUAGAUUGAAGUCAUACUUUUACAUAGAUCCAGUUGUGGAUGGUGAAUUUGUACAUAAUUUCUUCGUUACUUGUGUACAUGGUAAGGUUGGCAUGCAAAUGACUGUUUGCAAUAACUCCCCAUUUUGUAGUAAUUCAAAUGUUAUUAUUUAUAUGAGUGCUUGAUAUUAAUGAUAUUGAUAACGGAGGUAUAAAAUCAUACCUAUUUGAUUGGGUUUCUCAUCAGUCAUGUUGGGUGUCUGUGUUGAAGUAUGUACAUCCUCAAAGAGUACUUUAAUACCUGGUACUUCUUGAAAGGAACUUCACAUUCACAUCAGACUAUAGACAAACAUGGAAGAUUAAUCAUGAUGACAUUGUUUCUAUGAAGCAGGCAAACAUUCGAUCACAAGGUGCUCUCCAUCUCAACCUUUGACCUUGAGCAGUAAUGUUGACAAAUGAAACAUAACUUCUUCAUGGCCCACUGGAGAGUGGCCCUCUGGAGAGUGGCCCUCUGGAGAGUGGGUCUAAUCUGGCCAGACGUUCCCUUUGUGAUCAAACACAUUGUUUAUUUGAUGCUUCUUGUAGUGAUUAUGGCCUACAUGCCCUAAACAUUCCUGUCUUUCAAUCCUUUGCAAUUAUCAGAAAAUGGAUGGUUCAUGACUUGUUUAGUGAUUGGUCCUGUUAUCAGCUUUUGAGAUCUUGUUGGUUACUCAGAAGUUUGAAGAUUUCAAUGAAUUGUUAUAAAAUGAAAUCCUAGCUAUGCAAAUAAUGACAAGAGUGAUUGAGAAUGGAUAAUGGCUUAAGAGGAUGUGAGCUUUUGCAUCGGUGUUUUCGUCACUGUGUCCCACGAAGACCCUGUCUGUUCAGUUUUAAUGUGUCUGCCUGGUGGUGCAUUGGAAACUUUUGACUUUUGCUCUAUUCAUGUAUAAAUGUACUAUCGUACCCACUGGGUGACUUCAGUGAGAACUGCCUUUGAAUAUGAUGCAGCUCUUAUACCCCAUUACAAGCCAUGAAGGAGUAAUGUCCCGAUAUACAUAUUGUCCCUCAGGGACUGUUUCACGUGAAGUUAGAUUCUCCUGUGAAGUUUUAUCAAUACACUCUGCAUUUUGUCGAUUAAGAAUUCACACAGUGCCACCAUACACUUCAUGAGUUUCACAUCAUUAUUCAGUAAAUUGUCAGCUGCCACAGGUGCAGUGUGUACAUGUAUGUACCAUUGAGGGAUUCCAAUUGACUCAGUAUCUCUGUGUUGCACAUUUAUUUGAUUUCCUGCUUGGUAAAUGCACAAUGGUAUGUUUACAUCAAAUGAGCUCCUCGAGGCUUGCCAUCUCAAAGCUCACUCACUACUCAGUUAGGUCAGUGGUGGCCGAGCUCUUAGUUCCCACACACCUCUAGAGAUAAAGUUGAAUAAGACAAUGGAUUACAUUUGAACAGACAGCUGUAAAUAUGAACUCGGUGUCUUAAAUUAAUGCCAUGUCAUGUGCUUUUUAUUGCUCAAAUGGAUUAAGCUCUUGAUACUUUCUUUCUAAAGCAUGUAUAGUUAUAAUGUCUUGUACAGUGCCUCUUCUUUUAUGCAUAUCAUUGUCUGGAUGUGAAACACAUCCUUUUGUAUACUGAUACCAGUAGUUUUAAAUAAAGGCAAUAAUCAAA